AUGAACACAACAACCGUCCCCCACUCUCAACAACCACCGACCACCAAUGUUGUUGCUCCUCAUAAUUUGAACUCUCCCCGAGGACGGGCCAAUGUAAAUGACACUGAUAAACGAGCACAACAGCAACAACAACAAAAACCAACGAUACGAGCGCAUGAAAUCGCUCAAAUUCCUCCCUACAAACCUCAAAUACCUAGACUCAUUGGAAAACGAUUUCUGGUGGGUGCAAAACUUGGAAGCGGAAGUUUUGGAACAAUACAUGCAGGAAAAAUCAUCAGCAACAAUCAGGAAGUGGCCAUCAAGUUUGAGGAAGUAAAAUCUAAAUUCCCUCAACUCUUGGCAGAAUCAAAAAUUUACAAGAUUCUAUGGGGGUUACCAAUAGCGAAUAGCAAAAAAACUCUUCUCUCAUUACCGGGUCAGAACGAACCCAAUCAAGCAAUGGCUCUCUCAAAAAGCCAGGACUCGAUUACUCAGCUCUCCCAACACUCCCAAAACACAUCACAAGAGAUUAUAGGAAUACCAAAACUGUUUUGGUACGGAGUUGAAGAAGAAUUUAAUGUCAUGGUCAUUGAAUGUUUAGGGCCAUCGUUGGAAGAUUUAUUCAGUUUUUGUAGCCGAAGAUUCUCCCUCAAAACAGUUCUCAUUUUAGCAGAUCAAUUAAUAUCUAGGAUUCAGUUUUUGCACGAGAAAAAUUUCGUUCAUCGAGAUGUUAAACCUGAGAAUUUUCUUAUGGGACGAAAAGAAAAAGCUCAUCAUGUUUAUAUGGUCGACUAUGGUUUGGCUAAAAAGUACAUGAUAGAAGAAAAAGGGGAAGGUUUAAAACACAUACCCAUGAGAAAAAACAAAUCCUUAACAGGAACAGCCAGAUACACAAGCACCAACUCACAUCUAGGAUACGAACAAGGUCGACGAGAUGACCUUGAAAGCAUAGGAUAUUUAUUUGUUUAUUUCUUGAAUGGAAGUUUACCUUGGCAAGGACUGAUGGCCAACAAUCGGCAAAAGAAGUACGAAAAAAUUGCAGAAAAGAAGAUGAACAUUUCGGUGAAUCAACUGUGUGCAGGAUUGCCAAUAGAAUUUACGCAAUAUUUCCUUUACGUGAAAAAGUUAAAAUUUGACGAACGGCCUGACUAUGAUUAUUUACGAACAAAGUUUGCAAACCUCUUCAAUCGAAUGGGAUACAAGAUGGAUUUUGAAAUGGAUUGGAUGAAAUUAAGGAAAGAUUUAGGUCAAGCACAAUAUUAA